AUGUUUCUCGGUCUACUUCUAGCAGAAACAUUCGCUGACCAUUAUGACACUAAUCCGUCUCAUUUGAUUGAAGUGCGGUCACCUUCACUGUCUCCUCGUAGUUUCUGGACACUCCUUGGUAUUAUAAUCGUCAUUCUAAUAGUAUUCUCUCUAUUGCUGGCCAAUGUCGUGGCGUGGUGUCUACAACUACGUCGUGAGCGUCGGAUUCAGUGUAAAACAGAGGAAAUAUCAGUGAAAUCAAUUGAAAAAAAGGCCCAACCCGUACCUGUAACCAUUUUAACGGGCUUCUUAGGUGCUGGAAAGACGACACUACUCAAUCGUAUUUUACUGACUGAAGAUCAGCUGACUUACAAAAUUAUGGUACUGGAAAACGAGCUGGGUGCCGUGAGUAUUGAUCAUACGUUGCUGCAAGCUGGUGGAAAGGAGGAAGACGGGAUAUAUGUGUUACAGAAUGGUUGCAUGUGCUGUACGGCUCGUGGUGGCAAAGGAAAAGGAGGCGACGAAUUGGAAAGAAUUUUAGACUAUCUGUUACAACUUGUGGAAAAACAAAAAUUUGACUAUCUUGUAGUCGAAACAUCGGGUCUUGCAGAUCCAGGACCAAUCAUUGAGACAUUUUUAAGACUUAGAGCGUCGAGAUUCCGACUUGAUGCUAUUGUGACGAUGGUGGACUCAAAGGCGACGCAGAGACACUGGAAACAAUCGAAGGAAGAGUAUGACUUUCCUAUUGAAUUACACCGGCAAAUACUCUAUGCUGACAUUGUGGUGAUGAACAAGUUGGAUUUGGCUUCCGCGGAAGAGUGUAAGCGACUUGAAAAGGCUUUGAAAAAAAUUAAUGAAGAAGCCAGGGUGUGUAGCUGUGUUAACGCUGAUAUUGACCUAAAUCGAAUUCUGAAUGUCAACACAUUUGAUGCUGUGCUUUUUAAUGAACAAAAUGAUAGCAUGAUGCGUGAAAAGAAAAGUGUGAAGGCGCGUGGACAACACACGGGAGGCAUAAACACAAUGCAUUUCGAGGUUGAAAGCGACGUGGAUAUUGCUGCAUUUGGUGAGUGGCUUUCGCAAGUGGUUGCACAAUAUGUGAAAGGAGCAGAUGUUCUACGCAUCAAAGGAGUGCUAUCGGUGGCCGGAGACGCUAAAGACCGCAAAUGCGUGGUACAAGGAGUACUGGAUACAUACACAAUUGCCCCUGGAAUGCUUUGGGCUGAUGGAGAACAGCGAGUUUCGCGACUUGUACUUAUUGGCCAAGGAUUUGAUCGUUCUGAAUUAGAGCGCGGCUUUCAGAAUUGCCUCAUGAACGAUAACGAGCCAAAAAAGGAACGUUAA